CUAUUGCGUGAGAUCAUGGUUAGUGGCCGAGCAUGGUGGCUGGGCUGUGCAUGGGUCCUUGUGUAUAUAUGUACUGAGUUAAUGAAAGAGGAGCCGAGAGGUCCAGCAGAAAAUAUGUAGCCUGUGUGUUCGCCAAGGAGAAGAGCCUAUCGCAAAGCUUUCGUGCUCCUCCUUGGUCCAUGCGUGUGUGUGUGUGUGUUCUUGAGAGAAGGUACAAGAGAAGAAGAUAGAGAGAAACCACAAGAGAGCUGUGAGAGCCAGCUCAAGGUAGAAGAAGAAGCGGCACUGCGAGGAGGCGGCGCCAACACCUAGCACACGAGGCCGUCCCUGAAUGAAUCUUUAGUACCAGUCAAUACUCGGAUGCAGAUUCUAUUAACCCUUUGGUCUUCACUUGGUUUUUUUUAGGGCAAAUUGCUGGCCCCGACGGUUACUAGCCGCGUUCAGCCGCGUUGGGUCGGUCGACAAAUACACGAUCAUGCGGGAGGACCCUAACCACCAAGAGAUAGAUCGAUCCAUCGAUGGACAACGCACGCGUACGCCGCCGCCGCGACGGCGCCGAGAUCGGGGACGACGCCGUCCGCGAGGUCCUGGCGCGGCUGCCGGGCCUGCGGGAACUCCUGCGCUGCGCGGCCACGUGCAAGCACUGGCGCCGCCUCGUCCUCGACCGGGCCUUCCUCCGCCGCCUCGGCCUCUGGCCGGACACGGCGCGCCGCCCCUGCAUCCUCGCCGGGGUCUUCUCCCAGAUGUGCUACUCCCGCGACGACUCGAGGGACGAGGGCAGCCUCUACGCGCCUCCGCGCUUCAUCAACCUCCAGGACGGCCUCGACGACGUGCGUCAUCCUCCCCGUGCCUUCUACUCGUUCGUCACCAUCGACGGCGACGACCGCGGGCUCUUCCAUCUCGCGAGGCCACUGGCGGCGCGCCGCGGCUUCCUCCUCGCGCGCCUCCUGCAGCCGUAUUCGCCCGGCAACCGCGGCGUCGGGCCCAACAAGCUCCACCUGGCUGUGUGCCGUCCUCUCCUCGACAGGAGGAGCACGCAUCUCCUCCCGCCGCCUCCCUUCAACAUGGACGACUACUUGGACAACAAUCUGAUAGGCUGCGCGAUCGUCACCGCCGCAGACCACGCCGCCACCACCGCCGGCGAUGCUAGUUUGCUUCCGGUGGACGUGGACCACAAGCAGCAGCAGGAUCAGCAAUCCGCGUUUCAAGUUUUAUUGAUGUACAAGGACAACAACGACGGCUUUGCGUACGCCUGCGCCUACUCCUCGGCCGCGCCCGGCGGUGGUGGUGGUUGGACUGCUCCGGUCAAGUCCUACCUGGCUUCCCGGUACACCAGGUGCGGCCCACGCGCCGGCCUAGUCGCCCACGGCAUCGUGCACUGGCUGUUCAUGCAUUACCAAAACCAUCAGAUCUACGCCCUUAAGCUAAGCAUGGACACGCUGCACGCCACUUUGACCGAGAUACCCAUCGAAGUGCACCCCACUAUGCCACGGCCGCCAAUCCCAUGCACCGUCGACGGAAGGCUGUCGUUUGUUACCAUAGGAGAAGACGGCGUAGCAGAUCUAUGGACCAAGCAAGAACAAGAUGACGUUGUAGCAGCCAAAGAGAAAGAACAAGAUGACAACGCCUGGCAAAGCUCUCAGCUGACGAGCCUGGGGAGCGAGAGAAUAAGCUCGGUCUUCUUUGCAGAGACCAGAGGUGCUUUGCUCGUCGAACAACAUGGCGGUGCCCUCUCUAUCGUCGACCUCAAGAGCAAGGAGAAGUCGCCGAUGCAUCUAAAGGACGAAACAAGCGAGCAGCAUUCGAGGGGCACGUGUCGGUUCCUAGAGUCGUGCAGCAGUAGCUGCUGCCGCGGAUACAGCCAUGGAUACAGAGGCACCACAUGCCUACAAGCACCCCCGGUGCUCUAUGAGAUGGAUUGGGACGUCUUUCCGUCGACCGACCCUUGUCUCUCUCUCUCCUCAGGUGAGAGGUGAGAAACAAGAGUAGAAUGAUUUUUAGGGCUAUUUUAAAAACCAUGUAGGAUACAUUUAAGUGGUAACUUGUUAGCUAGUUUCAGAAUGUGUUAUUUUGGAAGUAUGUGUUUGCAGAUUAUUUUGGUUUUAGUCACAUACUGUGGGUAGUGGUCAUUUGCUAUCGUUCUUGGGUUUGUGGUAGUAGAUCAAGAAACUACGUACAUUGAUUCCUUGGACAGUUGGACGUGAUGGUGAAAUUCUUAUCAGUUCUUUGGUUAAGCUCAAUAAAGAAUAGAUGUCUUCAAUCGCUGAUUAUGGUCAUAUCUUUAUGUAGAAUUAUGGUCGCCAACCAUUUAACGCGGGUAGGAAAAAAGUUACCCUCAUUGUCAUAAGAUACAGAUAGCAAGAUUUCAUGGUAGAAUCAGCAGAUUUGGUCGCCAACCAUUUAACAUGGUCAGGUUCAUGCUCCUAAAAAUAUUUGAUGUUCUUGCCAAGUUUCAUGCUCCUAAAAAUAUUCCAUUGUCCGUGUAUGGCAUGGUCGCUGCUCGCGAUGCGGUGGACUACAACCGCAACCUCCUCUUCUUUUGCGAUAGCAGCAACUCCCAAAAAGUCACUCAAGACGUACGUAUGGCUACUAGCCUACUAGUGUAUUAAUUUGCUCUUCAUUCGCUUUUGGAGAUCUUGCUGCAUUUUUCUAACGUCCUCCCUUGUUGAUAUGGUGAAGUUUUUGCUUCCUUGGUUAUGCUUUGUUGAUUGGCAGGGGAGAAUGGGCUUCCACAGCAAUCAGUUUUGCCUGCCUGCCUUCAGAAGAAGACCACCUGAAGCAAUAACACAAUCCAUGUCAGAAAAGCCUGUGGUUGUUGUGUCCUCUCUACUGCUGUUCAUAUUGGCAGUAUGUGUUGCACUUCACUUUUUCUCCUAGAUGAUAUGAAUCUUCACAGUGCUCCUAGUAGAUGAUAAGAAUUCGUUGGUUUGAGAAGACAUUUUUUCAAGAGAUGAAGUAAAGGGAAAAAAGAUUGUUUGCCUA